CCCCCCCAUCCAAGGCCUUCUUCGCGAAACCACCCGCCCUUUCUUCCGCAGUCAUCCAUCAUUCUCGAUUCACCACACUCGCCGACAUCUACGAAAUCCGCAAAUCAUGGCUUCUGUCCUUGCUGUCGGAGCCGGCGCUGCCGUCGCAGCUUUCCUGGGCCGGGCCGGUCUCGUCGCAUGGCGCCGAUCUCGCGGCGGCGUCGGCGCGAUGGGCAAGGCUUUUUACAAGGGCGGCUUCGAGCCCAAGAUGAACAAGCGCGAGGCCUGCCUCAUCCUCUCACUCCAAGAGAGCGGUGUCAGCCGUGACAAGAUCCGCAAGGCGCACCGCACGCUGAUGCUCCUCAACCACCCCGACCGCGGAGGGAGCCCCUACCUCGCGACUAAGGUCAACGAGGCCAAGGAGUUGCUCGAGAAAACGACGUCUUGACACUAGCCACUCCUAUUACGUCGAUGAUGGGGAGUCUACGAAAUGUAACAACAACAAUACGAACGGGAAGGCAAAAAAGAGGGGACUCAUUCGCCAAGGGCUGGAACUUCCUUGGGGGGAAGGUCUUACUUGAUGGUUGAUUGUGCUUGUAAUAACAGACGGGUCGUUCUUCAUAGCGGUGGCGUUUUAUGGGUGGUUCCUCUCCCCCCCUUGAAGAAAAGGGGAGGAGAGGGAAUACAAGGGUCGUGUAUGCGCGCGGCUGGACUGGUCUUUGGGUAUUUGGGGCAUGUUGUAACAUUAUGCUUAAUGGCACGAGACCCUCUCGUCUCUCUUCUCCCAUCCAUACACAGUACACUUGUCUGGCGAGGCCCGAUCCCCGAGAUCUAUGCUUUGCUCUGGCGGAACGGAUUAGUGCGAAGCCCAAACCGCGCCGGGCGAUGGAUCGGGCUUUGGCAGGCUGGUAGAUUUCCCCGCUGGGAAGCAGCUUCAUAUGAGAGU